UAAUAAACACACAUGCAAACAUUCAUCUUCAAACCCCUGUUUCGGCUUUCAUUUUAGGACUCAAACAGGGUUUCCCGGCGGAGGAGCACGGCGGAGAAGCGGCAAAUAUCUCACGGUUUCAAUUUCAAUGGCCGCUAUCUUCCGUACACUUCUUUUGCUGCUCACUAUAUCAGAAUCAUUUGUUGGCAUCUUCAGCAUUGGAGUUGGGGUCAACUACGGACGGAUAGCCAACAAUCUCCCAUCUCCAUCUCAUGUAUCGGUCCUCCUCAAAUCUUUGAACAUUAGUAGAGUAAAGGUUUAUGAUGCCGAUCCCACAGUGUUAGGAGCAUUUGCAGGAACCAAUGUUGAAUUCAUCAUUGCUGUAGGGAAUGAUUUACUUCAGAAAGUGAGAGAUCCUCAACAAGCUCAAACAUGGGUUCAACAAAACGUACAACCUUAUAUUUCGCAAACUAAGAUCACAUGCAUUACUGUGGGAAACGAAGUCUUAGGAGGACAAGAUCAAUUAGCAGCAACAUACCUCCUCCCGGCUAUGAAAGCUAUCUAUGGAGCUUUAGUUGAUCUUGGACUAAGCAAGCAAGUUUAUGUGACCACGGCUCAUUCCCUUCAAAUCUUAGCAACUUCUUUCCCACCUUCUCGAGGGGCUUUUAAAGAAGAUAUGGUUCAAUACAUACAACCCAUUCUUAACUUUCAUGCGCAGGUUGACUCCCCCUUUUUCAUUAACGCUUACCCCUAUUUUGCAUAUAAGAGUGACCCAAAUAACGUCCAACUGGAAUACGUGCUUUUUGAACCAAAUUCUGGGGCAGUAGAUCCCAAUACGAAUCUAAAGUAUGAUAACAUGUUGUAUGCACAAAUUGAUGCUGUUUAUUCAGCUAUAAAAGCAUUGGGUCAUACUGAUGUAGAAGUAAAAAUCUCCGAGACUGGCUGGCCUUCUAAGGGGGAUGAGGAUGAGCCUGGGGCAACAGUACAGAAUGCUGGAAUAUAUAAUCGAAAUUUGAUGCAGAGGAUGCAACAAGAGCAAGGUACCCCAGCACACCCUUCACAGCCUAUUGACAUCUAUCUUUUUGCUCUUUUCAAUGAGAAUCAGAAGUCCGGUCCAACAUCAGAAAGGAACUUUGGAUUGUAUUAUCCUGAUGGUACUCUGGUCUAUAGCCUUGGUGUACAAAGUUAUGUUCUUCCUAGAAUGGACUAUUCAUCUUCAAAGAAAAACGCCUUGUCUAUCUUCAGCUUUCUCAUUUUGCUUCUUGGAUCCCUACUCUUUGCUAAAGACAGAUGAAUAGUUAACUUAAAUUUUGGUGACAUUUUUACAUAAGGAGCUCAAAGUCCCUGAAGAAGAUGGUCCUUAGAGGUCAGAUAACUAAGGAUUCACAUUGAAGACCAGCUUUCAGGAUCACCGGAAACCACACCAUAGUUUUCACACCAGCAGCAACCUCUCAUCUUCAUAGUACACAUUGUUAGACCAUGCUUAUACCCCAAUACAUAUUUACUGUUUCUUUAAUAGUUUAUAAGAAAUUCAUCAUAAAAUUUAUACACAGAUACAAAUACUAGGUAGAAAAGAAGUAUUCUUGAAACAAUUUAUAGGUUUCUUUUUCAUAUCAUCAUCAUAUUCUUGUUCUUGUUUAUAUUCUAUAAAUUCUAGUAAUUUCUAAAGAUGAAUUUUUGGUUUGAAAAUUUGGAUUCUAGUUCUGUAUACAUAGUCUCUGGUUCAAUAUGAUUAAUGAAGUAAUUUGGUUUUGGGAUUUUCAUUA